AUGGCCGAACCGGCUUUUUCCAAGAUUGAAAAUUACCCUUCAGAUGAGGACUCCGAUGAUGAGACAUCAUUUGGACUUACGCUGGAGGAAAGCGGGGAAGAUGGGGGCUACCAUACUCAGAAUGACCCCAAGAACCCAUGGCAGCGACAAACAAUCACCGAGCGUCGUGGACCAGUCGACAUCCGAUGCAAGUCCCGCGAGGUGAUCCAUGGGCGAUUGAGUCCAGAGUCAUCGGACGAGUGGGAAUAUGCAACUUUCCUUGUUUAUGAUUUCUUUUUCAAUGCGAUGCAGCGCUUUCGUCGCAUAGCGUCAGUGAAUAUCACCUUCGAAUUCAGUAGUUCCGAGCCCGGAACGCCCGGUCCUCAAAUCUAUGCCGUCAGCCCAUUUGGCCAAUAUUCUAUGAUGGAGGUGGAGCAAGAGGAGACAUACAUGCGCGAAGGCGAGGCCAAGGCUGACGUGUCACCUGUUACCGGGGCGAAUUUAGGUGGUUCCUACAAGUGGAGCAGGGAGAUCAGCCGGACAACGACUCAUGAUACUAGGCUGAUAGGAAACACAAUCACCGAUAAAUACGGAAGGGAGAUUGGGGUUAACUGGGCGCUGCUUGAGAAUGAUGAGACCAACACCGGAGUUCCGUCGUUUAUGCGAACUGCAAUACUGUUGAAGAGGCAACAGAAUACCGAUUUUGAGUGCUCAGUCAAGAUCAAGACCACAGCUGAUUGGAAAACCGAGCUGAAAAGGUUUUCGGCGUCGAAGGGGAAGGAUGAUCCAAUAUUGUUCGAUCCGGAGUUGCUGCCGACAAACAAUUUGCGAAAGGAUUAUGACACGAGAAACUUAGGAGAAUCAGCCAAACCGGAGGACUGUAUCGGGGUUACGUUCUAUACCACCUUGGGAAAUGUGGUAAAAACACGCGUCCAGGGAGAUGAGAAGGGGGUUGCCAAUGUUACUGUUCAAUCAGUCAGUGAAGGAUUAGCGUAA